GAGACGUGCUCAGGAAAAGACCAAACCAGCUCCUCAAGUACCUUCGAAACUUUGGCGAGGGUUGGGGCUUCCUUCCGGGUGGAGACGCUCUCACUUUCGUGGACAACCAUGAUAACCAGCGGGGUCACGGAGCUGGCGGCGCGGAUAUAUUGACGUUCUUCGAACCCCGACUGUACAAGAUGGCCAUCGCUUUCAUGCUAGCUUGGCCGUACGGACUGCCUCGCGUUAUGAGCAGCUACCACUGGCCCCGCGACUUCCGCAGUGGUGUUGACCAGAAUGCCUGGUUUGGACCGCCGUCUGAUGCUGCGUGGAACAUACGACACGUAGUUCAACGCAGCGACAACACCUGUGGAGGCGGAUGGAUAUGUGAGCACAGGUGGAGACAGAUCUACAACCUCGUCGAGCUGCACAACGUGGCAGGCUUCUCGUCUGUCACUAACUGGUGGGACAACGGCUAUCAUGCAAUCGCGUUCGGUCGCGGAAAUGCUACUUUCGUCGCCAUAAACAACGAGGACUUCCGCUUGGAUGCAGUUCUUCAAACUUCUUUGCCCCCGGGAAGAUACUGCGACGUCAUAUCUGGUAUUAUGACCUCAUCGGGCUGCACAGGAAGGUCAUUCGUUGUGGGACCUGACGGCAAGCUCAACAUUACCGUGGACCAUUCUUGGGAGGAUCCUGUGAUUGCAUUGCACGUUCAAGCAAAACUACCGAGUACCUAACAGGCACAACGUUCCGUCAUACAGCAGGUAACAUGGAGGGAAAAGCCAACUAAAGCUAUCACACCAAAUCAACGAAGGCAAGUGACUAUCCACUAUCGGAAGCCCCGGAUGCCUGGGCUCAAUUGUGGAACGCGUCCGAGGGUCCCACGAUGCGACAGUCGGGCUUGACCUGGCUGUCCCAAGGCGAGAGCAGCCCGCUGUGCACUGAGCAGUGCACCUCAGGACUACCAAUAAAGUUUCGCAUCAAUACGUCCA